AUGAUGCACGCGAAGAACAUCCUCGCCUCGGCCUUGCUCCUCGCGAGCGUGGACGCGCAGCUCCACAAGUAUGCCGUAGCCGCCGGUCUCCAAUACUUUGGCACAGCCGUUGACAAUGCGGCGCUUGGCAACGCGGCAUACAUGGCCAUCGCGCGCGAUCCGGACGAGUUUGGCCUCAUCACGCCGGCUAACGGACAGAAGUGGGCUAAUACGGAAGGUAGCCGGGGAGGCUUCAACUACGGCAUGGGAGAUGCCAUUGCCGGCAUCGUGGGCGCUGGGAGAAGCAUGAGGUGCCAUACUCUGGUAUGGCAUAAUCAAUUGCCUGGCUGGGUUAACAGCGUGUACAGCAAAUCGGACAUGGAGGCUGUCAUUCGCAGCCACAUCACCAACGUCAUGAACCAUUACAAAGGCCAAUGCUACUCCUGGGAUGUUGUUAACGAGGCUCUUGAAGAUGAUGGCAAAUUUCGCCAAAGCCCGAUGUUCCGAGCCAUGGGUGAAGACUUCAUUGCCUUCUCUUUCAAGGUUGCCGAGGAAGUCGAGCCGUCUGUGAAGCUGUACUACAACGACUUCAACAUCGAGCGAUACAUCAACGAUAAAAUCCGCGCCGCUCACGCCCUCGUAAAGCGCGCCAAGGAAGCCGGUGCACGCAUCGACGGUAUCGGCAUGCAAGACCACGCCCGCGUCGGCAACGCCCAGAGCAAAAAGGAGCUCAUGGACACCAUGGCUUUCUUCUCCGAGGUUGUCGAUGAGCUAGCUUACACCGAGGUGGACAUCCGCCACACAAAGAUGCCCGUCACCGAUGCCGACAGAGAGCAGCAGGCCCUCGACUACAUGGAGGUUGUCGCCGCCUGCCUCGAGACGGAGAAGUGCGUGGGAAUUUCGGUCUGGGACUUUACUGACCAGUACUCCUGGAUCCCCAACGAGUUUCCUGGAGAAGGAGACGCUUGCCUCUACGAUAGAAACUUGCAGAAGAAACCAGCCUACCACAGCAUCCUUAGCUUGCUUCAAAGCGCUGCCGAAACCAAGACCGCUGCGCCGGACUCCACCCCUGUCGAGACAGUCGUCGCUACAGCCACCGAUGAGGCCGGCGCCAACCCGACAUCCGAGGAUCCAGAGACAGACGAGCUCGAGGAAAACGUCGCUACCACCGUCGUGCCAACAACCCUGAUAACUGUUGUGCCGGAAAGCCCAAGCGCAACCCCGUAG